CCGCCCGAUCCUCCGAGGGACGCGCAGUGCAGGAGGCCGCGGCCCGGGCAGGAGCCGGGGCUCCGGGCAGCUGCACAGGCGGGAAUGGUGGCCGGGCCGGGCUGAAAGGAGCGGAGCCGCGUCUCGAGGCUGCCAUGAGGCUGCUGCGGGCUCUGCUGAGAGGCGCCUCCCCGGCCGGCCUCCCGCAGCAGGUGGAUUUCUACGCCCGCUUCUCCCCGUCGCCCCUCUCCAUGAAGCAGUUCCUGGACUUCGGGUCUGAAAAUGCUUGUGAAAAGACUUCAUUUAUGUUUUUGAGACAAGAAUUGCCUGUAAGAUUGGCAAACAUAAUGAAAGAAAUAAGUCUGCUUCCAGACAACCUGCUAAAAACACCUUCAGUUCAGCUGGUGCAGAGCUGGUAUGUCCAGAGUCUUCAGGAAAUCCUUGACUUUAAGGAGAAAAGUGCAGAAGAUUCAGAAGUUAUUCAUAGGUUUACAGAUACUGUGAUAACAAUCCGGAACCGACACAAUGACGUAAUUCCUACAAUGGCUCAAGGUGUGAUUGAGUACAAGGAAAGCUUUGGGGUUGAUCCAGUGACCUGUCAGAAUGUGCAGUAUUUUUUAGAUCGUUUCUACAUGAGUCGCAUUUCAAUCAGAAUGCUCCUCAAUCAGCACUCUUUGCUGUUUGGUGGAAAAAUUAAAGUUAAUCCAGCUCAUCCAAAACACAUUGGAAGCAUUAAUCCUAACUGCAAUGUUGUUGAAGUUAUUAAAGAUGGCUAUGAAAAUGCUAAGAGACUUUGUGAUUUGUAUUACAUGAGCUCUCCAGAACUUGUGCUUGAAGAGUUGAAUGCAAAAUCAUCAGGACAACCCAUGCAAGUAGUAUAUGUACCAUCCCAUCUCUAUCACAUGGUUUUUGAACUUUUCAAGAAUGCAAUGAGAGCCACAAUGGAACACUAUACUGAUCGAAGCGUUUACCCUCCAAUUCAAGUACAUGUCACAUUAGGCAAUGAGGAUUUAACUGUGAAGAUAAGCGAUCGUGGCGGCGGUGUUCCGAUGAGGAAAAUUGACGGACUGUUCAACUAUAUGUAUUCAACUGCACCACGUCCCCGUGUUGAGACGUCACGAGCAACACCUCUGGCUGGAUUUGGUUAUGGUUUGCCUAUAUCACGUCUGUACGCACAGUACUUCCAAGGAGAUCUGAAACUGUAUUCCUUAGAGGGGUAUGGUACAGAUGCAGUUAUCUACAUAAAGGCUUUAUCAACAGAAUCAAUCGAAAGGCUCCCUGUGUAUAACAAAUCAGCUUGGAAACGUUAUGUGGAAAACCACGAAGCAGAUGACUGGUGUGUGCCAAGCAGUGAGCCAAAGGACAUGACCACAUUCCGCAGUAUAUAAUUGUACAACAGUCCAGAAAAAGUAAACAUGCUUUUGUCGUCUGUUUGCAAAGGGAUUGUUUAGCAGGUUUAUACCAAACAUGGUUCAAAUACUUCAUGUGGAAAUGUUUUUAGUAGGGAAUAAUAGGAAGUUGAAGUCCAUAACUGUUUUCCAAUACUACUUUAAGGAAUUAACUGAAUUAAAACCAAGUAUGUAGAUUAAAAAAUACACUCGUAAUUUGUUCCACUUUGUACUUCCAAUUUACUUCUGUAGCUAGAUCUAGGGAGCAGUAAUUUUAGAUUUUAUACAGGGUCUAGGGUAACUUAUUUCACAGCUGGCUUGAAGAGCACAGUUCACACAACUUAAACUCUCCUGAUGGAAGCAUUAGUGAAAUAGCAACUCGCCAGAACUGCUAAUACCAGUUCUUUGCAUUGAGCAUUGGAUGAAGUUAUCAAAUGAUCUAAACAUUGAUGUAUGAAACUUUAAAGUAAUUAUUUAAAGCAUUAAUAGAUUUAUAAAACCCAUUAUGCAACCUUUCACAUUUCUCCACCAUCUUCUAGCCGAGGAGCUCAAAAGCACUUUACAAACCUAAAUAAAUUUAGCAAAAUUAGAAACAAAUAUUUGAAUUUAAGUACAGAAGCUCCAAUAGGCAAUCAUGUGUUGUUUUACUUUGUUCUGAAAUCAAUGAAUCUGUACAUACUACUAGUAGUAGAUUAUUCAGAGGGGCAAGGCAACAGCUGUAAACUAAACGAUUCUCAAGUUGUAUUUGCCUAUAGUAUUUAUCAGCUCUCUCUUUUUGAAAAUCCAAUCUUAACUGCUGCCUCUGGUAUAAUGCAUUUCAUGUAUACAAUACCAGUUACGGGUUUUCUGAGAAACGUAUUGAAAAUUCAUGAGAAACAGAAGUUGGCAUACUUACUUACUGUGAAAUAGCAGCUUCUGAGGGUUUACAGUAAAGAUUUGCAGGUCUUCCUCUCUUUCUGCAGGUAAUGUCCAAAUAAGUUUGUGGUAAAGCCUCAAACUCUGGGAUCAUAGAUUAGGUGACAACAGUAACUACUGUUAAUAUGGAGAAACUCUAUUGCAAAAUCUGCAUCUUUACUGAGCAGAUCAGUGUAAUAGUAGGACAACAGGACCUACCAGUUAUCCAGGUGUAUUUAAAGAGUGCAAUUAAUGUCAACUUCAUUUUGCUAUGCUCUUUUUUCCUAUAAUAUUUUAGGUACAUCAGCUCUCUCUAGUGAGGGAUACAACUGUGUUGAUAGCUUCAACUUUUCUGCUGACCAGACCAGCUAUUUAAGCCCAUAUAAUAUCUCCACGUCAUGCGUGUACAUCCCACUGAAUUCUCUCAUCCCCAAAAACUUAGAAUGCUGUGGAGAAGCACUUGCAGUCCCAGCACCUAACUCAGAUGACCAAUCCUUAACUGCUCUAUAGAUGAGGGUGAGAGAUGUGCAUGUGCCAGAAAGCACACACUAUGUUUCAGCAGUCUACCAGGUCAAAAUAGAGCAGAGGAUGGUGAGACUUACACAGGUCUGCUUGAUCACAACCCUAUGAUUUCUUGUUAUUGAAUAGAUAAGGAAAGAAGCUGGAAUGGUAAGUAUGCUAUAGUCCUAAUUUUGUGAGGGAUGACUUCAGGUGAAUUCCUCAUCUGUAAAUUGAGGAUAGAUAGGGAUGUUGUGAAGUAAAUUUUGUUUGUGUGGCAUAUCACCAUUGUAUAUAAGUGCCUAAAAGGCAAUACAAUGUAAGACUAUUUCCUGCUCAAAUUAAUGCCCAAAUCCAGGCAGGAAACGGUUUGCAGAAUGGGGUCAAAAUUUAUAUAAAAGGAGGGAAGUGUUUGCUAAACAUUUGCAACUGUCACUCUUGACAGCCUAAUGCUAAAAGUAACUUUUUUAUUUCAAAAAUAAAAAGUUUUGAAAUAUAUAUUAACACAUUGUUCUGAAAAGAUCUAACAUGUUAAUAAAAUUUUGAAAUCUUUAAUCAUAUUUCCACUUAAUUCAAUUGAACUGAUUUUAGAAUGAUUUUCCAUAUUUGGUCUUAGACAUUACUAACAGAUUGCCUGCAAUGAAAAUGAAAAUACAAGAGUUUUCAUGUGGAAUUACUGAAGUAGAAACCUUUGCUUGUAUCUUUGCCAACUAUGGCUUAACAAUCAAAAUGUAUCAGAACAAAAGUUCUGGGCCCAUAGCAAAGUAUUCCAAUGUAGAUAUUUCAAUAGUUUUUUCCUCCUCUGCUGGCUGUGGUGGAAAUUAAGUGUUUAGUAAAUUUCAGAGUGUGCAGUAUUUACUCCUAGUCAUUAGAGUUGACUUGCUAUGUUUUAUUUACUUCACUAUAGUAGCUGGUUCAAAAUACUGAUUUUAUGUAUACACAUCUUCAUUACUGUGCUGAAAAAUAAUCACUGCUACUUGGCUGUUAAGUAUCAAAAGAAAAUGAACUGGUUGCAGAUGUAGUAAAAUGGAUAGUUAUACUCUCUUGAAACACUGUAAUUCAACCCUAUAUUUAGAAUUUUUAGUUUGUGUGUGAUAAAAUUAAACUGCAAUGUGAUUUUUUUAAAUCA